AUGUGUCCUGUCAUCUUUGUAUUUAUUCUCUCUCCUUUACCAGGUGGAAGCAUUGUCCCAGAGAAGUGUGACCCUUAUUUUUCCCCUAACAACCCUAAAAAUGUUUCUGCACACAUCGGUAAAUCGGCUUAUCUCAAGUGCAUUGUUCACAACGUUGGGAAUUUGUCGGUUUCCUGGGUGCGGCACAGAGACAUUCACAUCCUCACAGUUGGUGCGUACACCUACACCUCAGACCAGAGGUUCAUCUCCCUUCACGAAAAGGACAGCACGGAAUGGACCCUUCAGAUUAAAUGGGUCCAAAAAAGGGAUGCUGGUAUCUACGAAUGCCAGGUCAGCACAAUACCAGUCAAGAGCUUAUUCGUGCAACUCUACGUAGUUGUUCCCUCAGCUGUAAUCCAUGGCAGGUCAGAAGUUCACGUCGAACAUGGAAGCACCAUUAAUCUUACCUGUUCUAUAAAGUACGGCACCGAACCUCCGGCUUACAUAUUUUGGUAUCAUCAUGAUAUGAGGGGUAAGGUGGCUGUUGUCAACUACGACUCGGAGAGGGGAGGGAUCAGCGUUAUCACCGUCAAGGCAGAGACGAGCAGCAGCCAUCUCCUCAUCAGGAGGGCAGUGGAAGCAGACUCCGGAAGGUACUACUGCAGCCCUUCCAACGCAGACGUCGCCUACGUCCAAGUACACGUACAUUCCAGUAAGAGUCCAUCGGCGAUUCAGACUAGUAGGGGCGUCGUCGGAAACUGCCGCGGUCUUACCAUUCUACUCACCAUAAACCUCACUUAUGCCCUUUGCUUCGUUGGACACACCAUCUCUUCUUCAAUCAUGAUUACCUCUUUAUUAAUUAAUUGUAUUAUAUACUUCAUAUAAUAAUGAUAAUAAUAAUAUAGGUCUAUAUAAAAUGUUUCGAAUGUACUGUUUGUAAAUCAUAAACUGUUGGUUUUAUA